UAAAGAAUAAAACAGAAUAAAAUCAGACGCAUCCAGACCAACAGGCGGCGGUAGACAAAGAGCACACACCCCCCUGCUGAAAAAAGGACGUCGAUGAGGCUCAAGCCAACAGCACCUUCUGUGUGUCUGAAUGACCGUGCCGAGCUGUGAGCCGAGGCUCCUUGGUGCUGAAAGGACAGCUCCCCCGCUCUCUGACAUCUGCAGACAUGUUCACCCGGAUGUUAAAGCUGAGGCUCCUUAAUGCUGUAGCACCUGCCUACUUCUUCAUGGCUACAGCGGCCACCUUCGUUUUGCACUUCUGCUUUUUCAUCCCAACAAUCUUCCCAAACCCGGACACAUCACUGAGGGGGUCUACAACUCUUCACACAGUCGUUUUCCUUUUCUUGAUGUUCAAUGCACUGGGAAAUUACAUAAUGACUAUUAAGUAUCCUGCUGAGAGCACCAAUGAGACUGUGGUUCCGGUGUGUUCGGCGCACUGCUCGGACAAAGUGGACGCACACUACCUCCUGAACGGUCGCCACUUCUGCAAAUUGUGCAAGAAAGUAAUUCUCAAGAGGGAUCACCACUGCUUUUUUACCGGAAACUGCAUCGGCAACAAGAACAUGCGCUACUUCAUCAUGUUCUGCAUUUACACGUCGUGCACCUGUUUGUACUCCCUGGUUCUUGGUGUGGCCUUUCUAACAGUGGAGUACUCCAUCUCCUUUGAGAACCCACUGACCUUCCUGACUCUUCUCCCUCUCUCCACUGGUUACUUCUUCAUGGGAACAAUCUCAGGCUUGCAGUUAUUCCUGGUGCUGAUGCUCUAUGUGUGGCUGGGCAUCGGCCUGGUCUGCGCAGGCUUCUGUUGCCAGCAGGUGCUGCUGGUGGCCCGGGGACAGACCUGGUGUCAGAUGCAGAGGGGGCAGCUCGUGGAGAACCGCACGCCCUGGAGAAACAACCUUAAGGAUGUGUUUGGUACCCGCUGGAUCCUUGGCCUUAUCCUGCCUGUGCAGACUGCACAGUCGUGCUCUGAAGACACAGAUGCGAAUAAUAAGCAAGACUGAGUUAUAACGUGUCAUAUCAAUAGCUCCUUAUAGGUCACACAAGCUGAACAAGUUGUAGAGAAUGCUUUCUUGGGAUCCAUGUGGUGAUUGAUUUCAUAUUAAAUGGAUGCUUUAUGACCUUUAAAGGAGCAGUAUGUAGGAUUUAGCGCCAUCUAGCAGUGAGGUUGAAAAUUGCAACCAGCCGAAUACCCCUCACCUCAGUCCUUCCUGUACAAGGUUGCCUGAUAUCAGACAGAACUGUCAGCUUGUUACAGUCCUUUUCCAUCUUCAGUCUGACAUUGCCUCCACUCUGACAAAUUUCCGUGGGAGAGGGGGAUUUGAUUUUACCUAAUCAAUCACUAGACACCAAUGUAUCCGCCUGAAUCUGAAUCAUUUUAAAAGCCAAAAUACAUGGAGCACGGAUGCAGAGUGACACAUCUUCAGCAUGCCCACAGCAGCGUGUCCAUUUUGAAAUUAAUUAAUCAGAUCGAUGCAUCCUGUAGUUAAAACAACCCAGUUAAUAAUUUAGUACCAGUUAAAUAGCAUAUGCAUAUAUAUACAUAUAUAUAUAUAUAACGUUAUCACUGCAUUAUCACUUGGUAAAACUUACUACACACACAGUCUGGCAUGUAACCACAUGCUUCAGAGAAAGAUUCUGUGUAGCAAGUAAAGAUCCCUGCUCUGCCCCCGCGCAUGUAACACGUUGUGUCAGUGCCCAAUGUAUUUUGGCUGUAAUUCCACACUGAUGCGUAGCCAUGCCAACAUAGUGGGUUUGCCGGGUUGUGUAACAAACUACAAUGUUGGGCAAUAUUGAGAGGGCAUGUCGACUUUUGUCACCUCGAUAGCAGCAGUCUGUCUUGUCCAUAUCUGUCAUCAUUAUCAUUACUCCUGAUUGGUUCCAGUUCACAGCUUGACAACUGUGCUAGUCCUGACCAUGGCGCUGAUUGACUAGUCCCCCGGUGCAUCUGCUGGAAUCUGCUGUAUUGUGACAGCAAAAUGCCAGAAUCUGUCAACUCACUGACAUGGGCUGAUUCAAAGGUAUGGACCCAGGCAAUUUCCUAUUGUGUAGGUGAACCUGUUGUGCAUUGGUCUACAGGUGCAUUCAUACCACCAAAUCCAAGCGGCCACCUCAGUGUAAAGAUGCGAAAGUCUCUUUCCAGAGCCACAGUGUCUUGGUUUGUCUGCUCUGGGCUACUGUAGAAACCUUGUGGUGUAACAUGAUCGGCUCUGUAGAAGAGGACCCGCUCACUACUGUAUGCACAGAUGAAGGGCUCACUCUAAGCUAACAUGAACACAAUGAUUUUUAGUUUCAGGUGACCAUACACUAAAGAGAUGAUGACUAUGGAUAAUAUCUGUCAAUAGAUCCCCCUAAAUCCUACACACUGGUCCUUUAGAGAGGUUCAUGAAAUAGUUAGCUGUUAGCACACAUUCCUUUAAGGACAGGAGCCAUAUAUUAGUGUGAACUUUUGAAUAAGUGCAUAGUGUAAGUGUAUCCUUUAAGUAAAUAGCUUGACAAGGCAAUAUUAAGACUAAUAAGUUGGUCAUAUGGGACAUCCAGCAGUUUUACAUGCACUACUACAUGUUUGCAUCUAAUAUAUAAAGAUGGCUUUGCAUAAUGCAUGCAUUCACAGCUUCGCUUCCUUUUAUCUCGCUACUGAUUUGAACGCCUGCGCCACGCGGUGCUCUGAGAUUACCAUUAGAAGUGUGUUGUUCUCGCACGCUUCCUUGUAGGAUGCUACGUGACAUUCAGGAAACUUACAGUAGUUUUCACAAUAAUUUUCUUUGACGUUAAGGGCUAGCAGACAAGGAAACUACAGUAUGUGUCUACAGCGUAAACUGCCGGGCUCGACACCAUUGUUCUGACAAAAAACUGUUACAUGGGGAGCCUGAUUUCUACUCAAAUGAAUGUGACUCAGACAGUACAGUAUUAUGGGGGGAACGUGAAGAUGACAACUGUAUUAUUAUCCAGGGUAUUGUUCACAAUGUGCCAUAAACACAUCUUUUAUGCUUACAGACGACCCCAAAGAUGAUGUACUCACUACAAUGCUAACGAUAGGGCCCUCUGUACAGUAAUAGUAAGGACUUUUCACUGUUAUGCUGCUGCUACAGCUACGUACAUACUCAACAUCAUGUCAGAGAUGUUUUGGAUUUCAAUAAAUAUACUUUUUAGAGCUAUUUUGUCUAUUCCUGUUACACCAA